AUUACAUGGAAGCAUUUUCUUAAACGACGUCGUUUUAUGAGGCGUAUUCAUUUUCUCUUCUUUUCCUCUUCGUCUCUGUUAGUUUCCCAUCGCUCUGAAAUUCAGUCGCUCAAGAAGAAGAGGACAACAUGUCUGAUUCACAGUGCUGUGAGAACCCACCAAACCUGACCUCAAUCUGUGGGGGAGGCUCUGUUAUAGAGGUUGGAGGUCUCAAGGCCUACGUUGCUGGCCCUUCUGAUUCCAAGCAUGCUAUUCUUCUCGUUUCUGACAUUUUUGGAUAUGAAGCACCAAAAUUCAGGAAGCUUGCUGACAAAGUUGCUGCUGCCGGAUUCUAUGUGGUGGUUCCUGACUUCUUCUAUGGAGACCCUUUUGUUUUUGACAUUCCUGAGAAGCCCAUAGAAGUUUGGAGAGAAUCUCACGGAACAGACAAAGGAUUUGAAGAUGCUAAACCAGUUAUUGCAGCUUUAAAGAGUAAAGGUAUAUCCACAAUAGGAGCUGCAGGGUUUUGUUGGGGAGCCAAGGUGGUCGUAGAGCUGGCAAAGUCUGAUUACAUUCAGUCUGCAGUGCUGUUACACCCUUCCCGUGUCACUGUGGAUGACAUUAAAGAGGUCAAGGCCCCAAUCGCUGUGCUAGGCGCUGAGAUUGACAAGGCAUCUCCCCCAGAACUUCUCAAGCAAUUUGAGGAAGUCUUAUCGACAAAACCUGAGGUUAAUAGCUAUGUCAAGAUAUUUCCUGGGGUUGUCCAUGGAUGGUCUGUUAGAUACAAAGAUGAAAACGAGAUCGAAGUGAAGAGCGCCGAAGAAGCCCAUCAGAACAUGGUGGACUGGUUCACCAGGUAUGUAAAAUAGGGGACCCAGGCAAGGUUACUAGCAUAUUUCCAAUUUCUCCUUGUAGUUGACCCAAAAGAAGACUGAUAAACUAUUUUUCUUGAUGAUUCAAACUCAUUUGGGCAUGUACUCUUCUCUGAGAGCUUUAUCACAUUAUUACUAUAUGUUCUUGAGUCA